GUCAUGUCUGCAAAGAUGGGUCGUCCACGUUCGGUCGGGGGUGAGCUGCGGCAGCUUUGACAUUUCUAGAGCCAGUUUCUCGGGUGCAUUUCAUCGCAACAUCACAUAGAUAGGGUAAUGAGGGGGAAAUAGGGGGAAAAACCAGAUGUGGCGCCAACGGAAUGCGUUGUUGAGGUCGCACGCAGAGUUGUCGCAAGCCGAACAUGGCCUGAUUUGAUGCUAGGUUCGUGGUUUUUACACAAGUGCCGUGUUGGAUUCGGGUGAGUGGACUGAUGUUGGGGUUUCGGGGUUUUCUCCUCCGGACUAGACAUUUUGCUGCAUUAUGGUGGUCGCGGAGCUCGGAAGAACAUAAUGUUUGAUGAGAGGUGGAGCCCGUCACGAGAGGUUUGAGAACCAUCGCAGUGCAUCUAAAGCCUUUACCCGUUUACACCGUUGGGGUUGCGGAAUUUUUGGGUAUUGUGGGAUCGUGGUCGGCUUGGCGUUUCGAAAAUGGUGGGAGGGCGAUAUUGGGUGACGUUGUUUUGGUGCAUCCUGUUCUUCUGCUCGCUUCUGGCGAUGGUUAUGUUCCGGCAGGCCAGUGCGGAUGUCCCUGCUUGGCCAGCCGAAAACCUGGGACUUCUACCCCCGCUUGCAGACUCCCACAAUGGGCAAGAGCCGAUUAUGGUGGUGUCGCUUGGUGGAGUCCUCCACGCAGUGAACCCUGCAACAAGGAAGACUCUCUGGUCAUUUGCAUCAGGAUCAGAAAUGUCUACCACAUCCAUGGCUGGAAGAGAAAAGGAAACCAGGGAAAUCAACUCCAGUCUGGAAGAUGGACUUGAUGUAGAAACUGAGGAUUGGUCUAUUUUUACUGGACCAGAUGGAAAACUAUAUGUCCAGGAUGAAAAUGGAAUUUCGCCUAUGCAAAUCAAUAUAAAGGAUCUGGUAGCCAGCUCACCUCAUCACACGGAUGAUGGAGCAGUGGUUUUAAGUUCAGUAACGAACACCGCAUUUCUUCUCAAUAAGGACACGGGGGCUCUCAUACGCCAAUUUGAUAAUUCCGGAAAAGUGUUGGAGAAAGCCGCCUCUUUUGCGAAUGGGCAAGCUAAGGCUGAAGAUGCAGAGCUUUUAUUGCAGCAGAAUUCUUUCACUGAUUCUGAGAAGAAGGUCAACACCAUGCUUUGUCUUAGGACCGAUUAUUCAGUGACUGUGCAGGAACUCGCAACGGGCAAAAUCCGCUGGAAUGUCUCGUUGGGCGAGGUUAAGACCCUAUCCCUUGUUCAGGCUUCGGGGCAGUCAUCCAUGCUGAGGCAUGUUGAUGCCAACGAAAAUAGUAACUUUGUCAAGCCGGUUCUCGGUGCUUCCGUGGCGUCUUCAAGGCCAUCGUAUCAAGUGGCUCCAAUUGCCAUCUUUUCUUCUUCAGGUGAAUACAUAGGAGAUCUGCUGCCCGCAACUGCUGCUUUGGACAGGAAAUCCAAUUCUCCAGGAAAGAUUUCUAUUGUUCAUAGGAUGCAGCCGAUUUCCAAUGUUGCAGAUAAUAAACAGCUUCUACCAGUACUUGCAAAAGUUGGACAUGGCCUGUAUCCGAAUGGAGGGUAUCCAGGACAGAAGACUUUUGAUGGUGUGCCAAGUUUGGACAAUAGAUCUGUCCACCACGGCAGUGUUACUACCAGAGCAGGACGUGAUAUUGCCUGGGCUUUAGGGAGCGUUGGGGGCAUCUUGCUGGUAGUGACCGGAUGUUUGUCUUCUCUUUGGUACGUGUACAACCAAUCUUUAUUUGGGAGAAGAGAGGAAAUGGUGAAAUCAAAGAAAACAGGGGCCAACAAGAAUCGCCGAAAAGGUAGAAAAGGGGGUCCUUCGGCUUCGUACAAAGGGCCAUCCGAGGAUGAUGGGAACAACGAAGUUAUUCAAUCAAACCAAAGGCCGGUUAUUGAGACUACUGCUGAAGGAACUACCCGGAAAGUCUUUAUUAAAAACAGCGCUUGUGGAGAUGGCACACAAGUUGGACGGUUGUUUGUAACAAAGGUUGUUAUUGGAGCUGGAAGCAACGGCACGAGUGUUUUUGAGGGGUACCUCGAAGGUCGUCAUGUGGCCGUGAAAAGGCUUCUAGCUCAUCAUUAUGACAAAGCUGUGAAAGAGAUAAAAUUUCUCAUUACCAGUGAUGAACACCCAAAUGUGGUGAGGUACUUUGCAAUGGAAGAAACCAUGGAUUUUGUGUAUGUAGCUUUGGAAAGGUGCGCUUUGAGCCUGCAUGACCUUAUUGUGUCUGGAAGUGACAACAAUUCUCCAAAAGCUGGUUGCAAAGAUGACGAUUCUCACGACGUGAAGCAUUUGAAGCUGCCCAACGGAAAGGAUUUAAAAUUGUGGGAUGAUAAUGGGCGCUGCUCACCUCAACUCUUGCAGCUGAUGAGGGACAUAGUUGCAGGUUUGUCACACCUGCAUGCUGUGGGAAUCGUCCAUCGGGAUCUGAAGCCCCACAACGUGCUCGUGAGUAAUGGGCGUAUUUUGCAAGCCAAGCUAGCUGACAUGGGCCUGAGCAAACAUCUUGCUAAUGAUGUCUCGUCCUAUCAAGAUACGGGUAAAGGUGGCUCAGGUAGUAGAGGUUGGCAAGCCCCAGAGCAGCUCAAAGAAGGUCGUCAAACUCGGGCAGUGGAUGUAUUCAGCCUCGGGUGUGUUUUCUUCUUUUGUAUCACCGGAGGCCAACAUCCUUACGGGGAGCAUUUUCUCCGAGAUGCCAAUAUUGCGAAUGAUACUCCAGAUUUUUUUUACAUUGAGGACAUGCCAGAGGCUUAUCACUUGAUCAAGUCACUGCUUUCUCAUGACCCUUCCAAAAGGCCAGCUGCCAAGGAUGUUCUGCUACAUCCCUUCUUCUGGAAUAGCGAACAACGCCUCUCUUUUCUGCUGAAAGCCAGUGACCGAGUGGAACAUGAAGAUCGAGCGCCAGACUCAGCUGUAUUGCCUGCAGUAGAAGCUAUUGGACCUGAUGUAUUUGGGUCGUCUUGGGAGACGAAGUUAGAUUCAAAACUGUUGGACGAUGGACGCCGUUAUCGUAAGUACAACUUUAGCAGUGUCAGGGACCUACUCCGCAUCAUCCGUAACAAAAGCCAUCACUUUCUGGAGCUUUCUCAAGAUAUGCAGGAAUCACUAGGGCCUUUUCCAGAUGGUUUUGAGAUCUACUUUUCCACUAGGUUUCCUCGGCUGUUGAUGGAGGUUUACACAGUGCUGCACGACCAUUGCAAGGAAGAACCAACUUUCAAACGCUACUUCGAAGCUAGUGAUGUAAUAUAAGACGCUAUCAUAGGAAAAUACCUGUUUCAUCUGUUGACGAAUCCUGUUGUGCUACCUUUUGGCAGUCGUAAGGGUGCAGCAAAGAUUGGAGUUGAUAAGCUAGCAGCAGUAGCUUUCAUUCCUCGAGGAGUAUCGGCAUCUGGUAUAUCGCCCUUUUCACUUUGCAGAAUGAGCAGUCGACACUGAUCUGCCACCCGUGUGUGCAACAUUGGUAUAUCAUAUUUCAAGUUCAAACAGUAUGAAUUGCUCUUCAAGUUUGCUAAUUGCAAUAGCAUUCAAUAUUGUAUCAUAUUGAGCUAUUAUUCGAAUGGUGUGGGAAGCUCGUACCACUGCAAUGGAUGUGCAAAUGAUAGGGUUUGACUUGGAGACUUGCGUAUUUAGACGCAGGUCCAAAUGUCGUUACCAAAAGUAGACAGGUGCGAGCACUGUCAUUACCGGUUACAGGACGAGAUGAUAAGACUCAAACGAAGAGUACGUGUGCAUUUCUUUGAAACUUUGCGCAUCUUCAGAUUCUUGGUUCUUUCAUGUGCACUAUUGCGCAACUUAAGUAAAUUAUUUUGUUUAUUCUAAUCAAGAAUUUCAAAAAAUAUAAUAAAAUUGUACGUUUCUUGCUACCAUAUUUAACA